AUGGCUCACCAUGAACUUGUUUCAACUCCACAACCUCCCGAUGCAGUGUUCAUCUCAAGCGUACAGUCUGGAUUAUAUCCCGAUACAAUCGUCGCAGAUACUAGACAAUUAGCUCGCCGCAGGAGCAUCAGUCAUGUUGAAGAAGUCAAGCAAGGGGACAACGCGGAGCAAGUCCCUAUUUACCGUCUAUACAGGCGCCGCUUCGCUGGCCUUUUUGGUUUUAUUCUACUUGGCCUCGUGACCGGUAUGCCCUGGUCAUGGUUUGGGCCCAUAUCAAAUGAUACUUCUGAAGACUUUGCCAUUUCCCUCGACCAGGUGAACUGGCUCAGCAACAUUUUAUCUUGUGUCUACCUUCCCGUCUCCCUCCUCGUUCCUCUUCUUUGUACGCGCUUCGGUAUUCGCCGAUGUGCUGAAGUGGGUGUGGCGACGCUGCUCAUAUCAGGCUGGGUGCGCUAUGCGGGCACCAUCACGUCCUUAUCCUCUGAGAGCGCGUAUGCGCUACUCUUCCUCGGACAGUUCAUCUCCGCAAUAUCUCAACCUGUCUUCCAAGUCCUCGGCCCGAAGUAUUCCGAAAUGUGGUUUGACCUUAAAGGCCGAACGACAGCCACAAUGGUGAUCGCCAUCGCCAAUCCCAUCGGCGGCGCUCUUGGUCAGUUACUUAGUCCCCUAGUCGGUACUGCAAGGCACUCUGUUCUGGUUCUAGCGAUCAUAUCUACCGCAGUCGCACCUGCCCUCUUUCUUAUCGAGAGUGAACCACCAACCCCACCAACAUAUGCAGGCUCCAAGGCCCCACAAUCACUCUAUUCCCUCCUGCUUGCGGUGGUGGGGAAAGUUAGCCCCUUCGACCCUGCUUACAUGGCUCCUCACGAACGGCUGGACUUCACCAUCAUUACGCUGAUUUUCGGCGUGCUUGUUGGCGCCACAAAUGCACUUAGUGUCCUCUCGGCGCAGUAUUUCGAACCUGAGGGGUAUAGCGACGCCAUUUCAGGCCUCUUUGGCGCGACCCUCCUAUUUAGUGGAAUCCUUGCCAGUGUGGUCACCGCGCCUCUGUUUGAUCGGGUGUUGACCCAUCAUCUGGGCAUAACGCUAAAGGCUCUUGUCCCGAUUGUCGCAGGGGCGUGGCUGAGUUUAAUCUGGGCUGUAAAACCAAACAACACCGGUGGAAUCUUCGCGAUCAUGGUCAUCAUCGGUGUUGGCUCCAUAACAAUGCUCCCAGUCGCCCUUGAGCUCGGAGUCGAGCUUACACGAAAUGCAGACGGCAGUGCUGCCAUUUUGUGGUGUUCAGGCAACGCAUUCGGCAUCAUAUUCAUCCUCGCGGAAGGCGCCCUGCGCGCAUCAUCGACCGCUUCCCCGCCGUACAGCAUGCACGCGGCGUUCGUGCUGCACGGUGUAUUCGUGAUGGUUGUGGGCGCGACUGUGUUUUUCGUGCGCGCAAAGCAGGCCCGGCGGGAGAUGGAUGAGCGCAUGGCACAGAACCUACAUUCGAACCACGUCGGAAUAGAGGCCGUACCAAUGGAUAAACAGGGCACGACUGACUCAGGCCAAUCCCGCAGGUCACUAGACAAAGGGACGGAGAAGGACGGCUUGACACUGGAGAGGGAAAAUUCGAUACCGUUGCCCGAGAAAAGCGCUGAUGUCAGGGUGGAGGUGAUCGGCACUACUGUGCACCCAGAUUCAUGA